UACAAGACUGUAGUAGAGCGUCAUUUUUGCUACGUGGCUGUAUUCUCAAAGCAGGAGCUGAUAUUUGGGUGUAGUGGGGUGAUUGAACACGCAACAAGUUCGAAAACGAGGAUUGCAAAAGCUCGAGACGGUUGACAAUCAACCAGAAAGAGAAAGGGUCGUGAGUGGAAAGUGUGAGGGGAUAAAGAAGAAGAGGUGGGAGAAGGGCAGACACGAGCAAGAUCAAAGCCACCUAGCCAGCCAGGCUUGCGCACAAAUACCUACGUCACAACGACAUACCCGGUCACGUGCUUGGAUCUAGUGCAUGGGUGCACGGGCCUGGCCGAAACAAAUUGCACAUGCAAGCCAAGCAGCAAAUCCACUCACAUUUGCCGUCGCCGGACAAGAGCUCUAGUAUUCACUACAAUAAUGGCUGGUGAAGGUGAAGAAGCAAUGGCAGGCCAACCGGUUCUAGAAGUGGGUCUUGCGCCAGACUCCAAUGGCGCUCGAGGUGACAACAGCACGGUGGCUGAAAACGCUGCACCAUCAAGCCCCAAGAAGCGAACCAGAACUGGAAGUCAAGAUAUUGAGAUGUCAGAAAGCUCAGUGAAGCGACAGAAGGGCGUUGCGCCUAUCAAGGCAGAGUACUUGAUACAUCGAAGCGACAAAAUAGUCGAGACCAAGGACAAAGCCGUGGAUGACGAUGCGGCGGAAGCCGCGGAUGAUCGUUACCAUAAGCCUGAUGCACGCGACGGUGGAAAGGGCAAAAAGGAUUGGAAAAAGAAAGACAAGAAGCAAAAGGGUCAAAACACCAGCCGAACUUUUGGAAGCUCUCGCGACAAGUUGCCGCUCUGUAGUACCCGCGCUCUCAGCAGCGAGUUUUCGCCAGAAGAGUGUCAGUUUGGCGACAAGUGCAAAUUUGAACACGACCUUCGCAAGUACAUGACUGAAGGCCGACGAGAAGAUCUUACAACAUUUGACGGCAAAUGCCCCAUCUACGAGGUCAAAGGCUUUUGUCAUCUUGGGUGGAAAUGUCGAUUCGUCGGCAGCCAUUCGGAAGAGCAUACCACUGAAGAUGGCAGAAAAGAAAUGGCUCUUCUUGAGGACCCUGAGCGUAAAGCCAAGAUAGCGAAUCUGGAAGACGAAGUCGAGGUCGUUAACGUCGUCUCCAAGGAUGUCAAGUUUGGCCUUGCGAGGAGAAAGAUCGGGACACCGCGUUCUGACCAGUAUCUGCAAUGGAUUGACGCAAACAAGGACACCGAACGGGCCAUGUUUGAUUCAGUGUCAGGUGAUGUCGACGCUUUGCAGGAAGAGAAGGAUGCUCGUAGAGCUGAGUACGUCGAAGCGCCCUUCAGACCAUCUGAGAAGCGACGACUAUACUAUGGACCUGAAACGCCAACGCUAGCGCCUCUCACUACGCAAGGAAACAUGCCGUACCGCAGAUUGUGCGUGGAUCUUGGUUGCCAGGUUACAUGGAGUGAAAUGGCAAUGGCUAUGCCUCUGAUCCAGGGCGAAAGGGGAGAGUGGGCUCUGAUGAAGGCGCACGAAUCUGAAAUAAGUGCUCCGAAAUUCUCUGGAAAGAACACCGUGGUUCAAGGGUACGACAACUCCACAGACCUCAAAUUCGGCGCUCAGAUCGCCGCAAACAAGCCGUGGCUAGCCACGAAGGCUGUGGAGGUUAUUACCGACUACUGCCCCAGGCUACGAGCCAUCGAUCUGAAUUGCGGUUGUCCGAUCAACCUUGUCUGCGAGAAAGGCAGCGGGUCUGCUUUGCUUGACCAGGCAUCCAAACUAGAGAGCAUCCUCCGUGGCAUGAACUACGUUUCGAAAGAGACCCCCAUCACGGUCAAAAUCCGCAUGGGUACGAAAGAUGGCAAUCCCACCGCAACAAAGCUUAUCAAGCGCCUUGUACUUGGAGGUUACGAGUCCAUUGAGUCAGGCAAAGGCACGUCUGGUGUCGCAGCGAUUACGCUACACGGCAGAAGCAAGCAGCAGCGUUACUCGAAGAGUGCGGAUUGGUCUUACAUCGCCGAAUGCGCGUCUCUAAUCAAGCGGCUAAAGAAAGAGAAGGACGCGCAAACGGACACUAUCGCAGAAGCCGAUCCUCGCGAUCUCGCCAACAAUGGACACGUCUACUUUGUGGGCAACGGUGACUGCUACUCCCAUGAAGACUACUAUAACCAUAUCGACAACGCAGGUAUCGACUCCGUUAUGGUGGGUCGUGGUGCACUGAUCAAGCCCUGGAUCUUCGAAGAGAUCGAGCAGAACCAGUACUUGGACAAGUCCGCUACCGAGCGCUUGAGCUACAUUGAAAAGUUCUCUAAAUAUGGAAUGCAGACAUGGGGCUCAGACGAGCAAGGUGUUGGUACGACACGCCGAUUUCUCCUCGAGUGGCUCAGCUUCGCGCAUCGAUACGUGCCUGUGGGCUUGCUGGAACAUCUGCCGCCGAACAUCCAAGACCGACCCCCAAGGUUCAAGGGCAGGAACGAGCUGGAGACGCUAAUGGCUAGUGAGAACUACAAAGACUGGAUCAAACUCAGUGAGAUGUUCUUGGGUCCUGCGCACCCCAACUUUAAGUUCGAGCCGAAGCACAAGUCUAAUGCGUACGAGUUCGAGGCAGAGGGUUAAUUUGACUAUGCUCAUUUGGUGCGGCCUUCCCAGCCAACGUGUGUUAACAUCUUUGGCAUUGCAGAGUUUCAAAGCUUCAUGGUUAUCAGCGUGGUGGAUGUUCGGCGACUUACCGAAAAGUGACUCAAUAUGGUUCAUAGAGCAUACUUUGUAAGACUAAGACCCG